CUGGCUCGCUGGCAGCUUCUGGAGGCGACGGCGGGAGCGGAGGGACCGCGCGGCCCGGGGCCUCGCAUUCCCCGGCCCCCCUCCGCCCCACGCGGCCCGGACCAUGGUUGCCAGGUGGUGGGCAGUGGUGGUGCUGGUUGCGCUCCCCUCCCUGGGCGCAGGUGGGGAGACCCCCGAAGCCCCUCCGGAGUCAUGGACUCAGCUAUGGUUCUUCCGCUUUUUGGUGAAUGCUGCUGGCUAUGCCAGCUUUAUGGUACCCGGCUACCUGCUGGUGCAGUACUUCAAGCAGAGGAACUACCUGGAGACAGGCAGGGGUCUCUGCUUCCCUCUGGUGAAAGCUUGUGUGUUUGGCAAUGAGCCCAAGGCCUCCGAUGAGGUCCCCCUGGCUUCCCGGACAGAGCCAGCAGAGACCACUCCUACUUGGCAGGCCCUGAAGCUGCUCUUCUGUGCGGUGGGACUCCAGGUGUCUUACCUGACUUGGGGAGUGCUGCAGGAAAGAGUGAUGACCCGGAGCUAUGGGGCCACAGCCACGUGGGCAGGUGAGCGCUUCACAGACUCUCAGUUCCUGGUGCUAAUGAACCGAGUGCUGGCACUGAUUGUGGCCGGCCUCUACUGCCUCCUCUGCAAACAGCCCCGACAUGGGGCACCCAUGUACCGGUACUCCUUUGCCAGCCUGUCAAAUGUACUUAGCAGCUGGUGCCAGUAUGAAGCUCUCAAGUUUGUUAGCUUCCCCACCCAGGUGCUGGCCAAGGCCUCUAAGGUGAUCCCUGUCAUGCUGAUGGGAAAGCUGGUGUCUCGGCGCAGCUAUGAACACUGGGAAUACCUGACAGCAGGCCUCAUCUCCAUUGGGGUGAGCAUGUUUCUGCUGUCCAGUGGACCAGAGCCCCGAAGCUCCCCGGCCACCACACUCUCAGGCCUGAUCCUGUUGGCAGGCUACAUUGCCUUUGACAGCUUCACCUCAAACUGGCAGGAUGCCCUGUUCGCCUAUAAGAUGUCCUCAGUGCAGAUGAUGUUUGGGGUCAACUUCUUCUCCUGCCUCUUUACUGUGGGCUCCCUGCUAGAACAGGGGGCCCUCCUGGAGGGUACCCGCUUCAUGGGGAGACACAGCGAGUUUGCUGCACAUGCCCUCCUGCUCUCCAUCUGCUCUGCAUGUGGCCAGCUUUUCAUCUUCUACACCAUUGGACAGUUUGGGGCUGCAGUCUUCACCAUCAUCAUGGUCCUCCGCCAGGCCUUCGCCAUUCUCCUCUCCUGCCUCCUCUACGGCCACACCAUCACUGUGGUGGGUGGGCUGGGGGUGGCUGUGGUCUUUGUUGCCCUCUUGCUCAGAGUCUAUGCCCGGGGCCGUUUAAAGCAACGGGGAAAGAAGGCUGUGCCCGUAGAGUCCCCAGUGCAGAAGGUCUGAGGGACCUGAGGGGCAAAGUGAAGUAGGACCCUUUCACCAUACUUUACCGUUUUCCUUUUCUACUGUAACUUAUCAGAGGCGACCAGUUCAAGGACAAAGUGUAGGUAUUUUCUCAGUAUCACAAACCAGCUCUGCAGUUAAGGGCAGGGAGGCCAGGAGGCAGCCUUUCCUUUUGCCUUAAGUCACCAGUCUUCUAGUAGGCAGGAUUCUUGAGCCCCAGGGUAGAACCAUCUUCCAGAGUCUCUUCCUCCUCAAAUCCCCUGAAAUCUUGCCCUGUUAACACUGCUAUGUACCUCACAUGUGCUUGUCCCUUGCCCUAAAUACCCACCCUUCUAGCCUCUUUCCCAUGCCCUAAAUACCCAUCCUUCUAGCCUCUUUCCCAGAGACCUGCAUUACUUACUCUGGUGAUUGUAGGUGGUAUGCUGCUUUCCUAGGGUAAAUGAAAGAUGGUGCUCUGCUAGGGGGAGGGGUUGGGAGAGCCCUGCCCAGCAACACCACCUAUGCUCCUGGAACCCUAGGCUCUGAUCCCCAAGCCAGUUGCAGGUUUUGGUACUUUGGAAAUGUAACUUUCUGCUCUAUUUUAUUUUAUUAAAUUGCUGCAAUAGGCUUGGUCUUGUGCUUUGGUUGACAAGUACAUGCUUUACAGAGGGGACUGAAAGUGUUAACAUGAUAUAUAGUUCUCUAGUCAGUGUUGUGACUUCAACUGCUACAUUAGCUUUUGAUGUACUACUGUGUGUAUGUACCCCGUAACCUGUUCUGAUGGUGAGACUCAGGAUAGAGUAGCCAAGGGAACUCAAAAACUAGCCUUCUAUCUACUUUGUGAGAACAAAACUACAUAAAACUGCAUC